UGUUUUGUUUUUUAAAAUAAUGUAACAUUUAUUACAUAAAUAAUCAAAAAAAUACAAUGUUUUUGUUUGUAAUCAGAAUACUUUGAUAUUUUCCAAUGAACAAAAAUUGACAAAAACAGGAGAUUCCGAUGGCAGACGAUGAAGAUGCUGCCAAGGAAACGGUGGCAAACUCCUCCCCAGCGGAACCGCAAACUCCUAAAACAUCAUUACAACAACAUGCACGAUCAACAACAUCAGCUCAGGUUUCUGUGUCACCACAGAAUCAAGGAGCUACACCAAAACAAAGAUCGUCAUCAGUUUCUGCGCUUCCACCAGGAGUAAUUCCAUUGCCACCGGGCAGCAGAGGUCCUCGAAGUCUUUAUCUACGAAGGCAAGAAAAUGGGUUUGGAUUUACAUUACGACACUUCAUUGUAUAUCCUCCUGAACCACUCGAUGACGAUGGAUCAGGAGGAUUUCCUACACAACCAAUGGAUACGAUAUUUGUAAAACGAGUUGUGGAAGGAGGUGCCGGUGCUUUAGCUGGUUUACGACAAGGUGAUAGAAUAGUGUCAGUUAAUGGUCAAACAAUAAAUGGAUUAACUUAUGCACAAGUUGUUGGCCUAAUUAAGCGUAGUCCACAAUAUUUGCAUUUAUUAGUUGUACCUCAACAGGACGACGUACUUCAAAAGUACUUUUGCGAAACAGCUCAUAACCCAGAAACAAAUCGACGGCCUUCUAUACAAGAACCUAACAUUUUACAUCAUAAUCCAAACGUUUUCAAUAAAGCUGCAAUGAUUCCACAACCUCCAACUGUGGUCAAUCCUCAUUUAGCGCGUACAGCCCCUCAUGGACAGCUUCAAGAAGUUAACAUGCACACCGCACACGCUGCCGCCGCUGCACCAUCUAUGACCGAUUCGAAUUAUUAUCAACCAAUAGAAAAUAUUUAUAAUAUGCCACAUGAUGGAAUUUUUAACACUGCCAAUCGUAGUAGAAAUUCGCUUUCACAAGAACAACAAAGAGCUUUUCACAAUAUAUAUGCAGAACCCUAUCACCAAAAUUUGCACCAAAGAUCCAGAGCACAACCGCAAGCUCCACUAAUGCGACCUACUGCUCAACCACAAGUACCAACAUCAGCCAGACCUUGCCUUAGAAGACAUUCUGUUCGACGAUUAAGUGAAGGCAGUAGUAUAUCGGAUAGUUCGAAAGAAACACGAUCCUAUGAAAGUGGUGAUUACUGUAGCAUAAAUAGUGAACGUUUAAGUGUGAAUAGUGGUGACAAUAUUCUUGUGAAUAAUGGAAAUCAAAUACAACGAAAUUCUUCCAAGAAUGUAAACAUAAAUACUUUUCCAUUUUCUUCUAAUAUAAGUGGUGGCAAGGAUCCAUUAAUAAAUAAUAUAUUCUAUCCAAAUAAAUCGGGAUGUAGAUUAAGUUUAGACGCUGGACGUCGAGAUUCAAUGAAUUCAUCAACUGCUGAUGGCAGUAAAGACAGUUUAAGUUCGUUUGGUUCUUCGUCAACACUAACUGGUCAAGAUACUGACGAUUCUGUAAUAAUGUCUAGAUUAAGGAAAAAUUUUGAAAAGAAAGAAGCUUUCUUAAAGAGGCCUAGUAAACCAACUGGAUUUUUAGAAACAACAGAUAAUGUAAAAAGUAGUAGUAACCCAAUGGUGAUACAAAGAGAAUUUUAUGGACGACCUCAAAAAUUACAGAAACCUGUUUGGCCACCAAAUCGCCAAUCGUCAUCGAAACCAUUACAUCAAGAUUUUGAAAGAAUUAAAUCCGAUUUAAAUAUUGAAAAAGAUUUCAUUAAGGAUCAAGAAAAACAUUCAUCCCGUGAUAAAUAUGAUUUAGAUCAAUGUUAUAUGUCUGAUAGUGAAACACAAUAUCAAUCGGAUGGGCUGAAAAUGUCUCUUAAUCCAAUACAAAAAUCUUCAAGUCAAAGAGAAAAGGGUGCAUUUGCUUCAACUUUAAGUCGUAUACAUGAAAAUAUACCAUCAACAGUAACAAAUUUUGGUGCAGAUGAUUCAAAUGGUACUUCUUCAAAUUCAUCUGAUUGUCAACUGUCUGAAAACAGUGGUCAUUAUCCAGCAGUUGUUUGGAAAAGAACACGACAAUUUGAAUCAGGUAAAACAAUACCUGAUGAUGAAAAUGGAUCAAUAAGUGAUCGUACAAGUUUGUACAGUAGUGAACUAGCUCGUUUAAGUUCAAAACGUGUUGUUCCUAAUGUCGCCGUACGUAAACGAGAAUUUGAAACUCGAACUGAAGAACUGAAUAAGGAAUUACAAAGAGAACGUGAAAGUCUUAGGCGAUUAACAAAUAAAGAGAGUCGAUCAUUAGAAUAUGCAGGUAAAAAUAAGAUGUCAACUAAUACCUUGAAAGGAAAUAUGGCUAUUCCAAUUGGUAGUAAAUAUCUUCAUUGCCCACCUCCCUCCGAUUAUAAAAGUACACCAGAUAGUGAUUUUGAGGGAGAUGCACCACCUACAAGAUUCCGUGCACGAUCGAAUUCAACAGGUUCAUGGAAUUAUUCAAAAAAUGAUGAUACGUUUUCGGGGGGUGUGGGGGGUCGUGUCCGGGUGACGUUGGACUGGCGCACGACCCACAACAAUAUGAGCGAGGAAGAAAAACAAAGGCACAAAGCCGUACGGCAAGACUCCUAUUUGGCUGCUGUUCGAGGACCUUCGGUUAAAUCCACAGAUUGUCAAAACCAAGGUACUCCUAAGGAGACUGUUCUGAAUGAAACUGAAGAGAUAGCAUCUCCAGCGUCAAACACUAAUAAUUCUCCCCAAUCCUCCUCACCUAAUAAUAUUCAAUCACCUAACAAAUCCAAUAUAAAAAUUACUGUUACUCCCACAACAAUGAAAACAGCCGUUAGACCAACACAUCUACCAAUUUCUGAACCACUUGGACAAUGUUUCAAAGAUUCCGAAACUAUACUACAUAUUGAUGACGUAACACCAGAUUCUCCUGAUCUAACGAUGCCAUCUGUGAUACGACGAACUAAUUUAAGUGCUAUAGGUGAUGAAGAAAGAGCCACUCGUCGGGUAUCAUAUUUGAAGGCAACUCUUGGCGAUCGUAUGUUAAUGGAUAGUGAUAUUGAUGUAAGCGAUACUGAAGAUUUACCAAGACCACAAGCAUUACGAAGUACCCAUCGACGUUGGGUCCCUCCAUUGUUUCCUGGUGAUAUUCAACAAUUGCUUCGUAUAUUUGAACAGCAUCCUAGAUCUGUACAUUCUAGAUCAAUAUUAGGUAGUUCACCUAAAAGUGGAAAUUCACCAUCGCCUACCGCUAUCGAUAAGGAAAAUCAUUGUCCGAUUAUUAAAGAAGGCUCUUUAUAUUGUAAAGUGACUUUACAAGAUCGAAAGCGUGCUACAGAUCGUUCGUGGAAACAAGUAUGGGCAGUAUUAAAUAAAGGAUCACAGCUACUUCUUUAUAAUUAUCGAAAUCACCAGAGUCCAAUGGGACUAGCCGAUAUGAAUGCAGAUUUAAUUACACCUUCGUUAGAUGUACGUUAUAGUGUAGUUGAAGUAGCUGAUGAUUAUACGAAACGAAAAAAUGUGCUACGAGUUUCAAGUGUGGCAGGUGCUGAAAUUCUUUUACAAGCCGAUAAUACAUCGGAAAUGUUACAUUGGGUGCGAGCAUUACAACAACAAGCUACAAAUGAAACUGAAGAAGAGGCUACGAUAGCUAGUAAACAGCAAGCUGUACCACAACAGGUACCUGCUGGUACUAGUGUUCAAGUGCAAGGUGCUACAAGAUUGUCUCCGUUACCCGGUCAUAAAUCAAUAAGAAAAUUAACUUCAUUUCGUAAUCGCUCACCAACUGGGCAAUCGCCAGUGAAUAAAACACGUAAAUCAUCGCAGGCUGUUGAAAAUUUACCAUCACCAAAAUCAAAAACAUGGGGUCGUGUUGUUAAACAAUUCCGAAAAAUUCAUCAUAGUGCUGGAUCUCCGAGUUCGCCAACAGGACCGGAGGGUGCUACCAUUGGUAUUCCAAUUGAACUAUGUCCACCUUCAAUGUUUUCCGAAUUUGUGCCACUUAUUGUUGAAAUUUGUACACGAAUUGUUGAAGAACGUGGUCUGGAUGUUAUUGGAAUUUAUCGAGUUCCUGGAAAUACAGCAGCUAUUACUUUAUUAACAGAUGAAGUCAAUAAAGGAUUUACAAGUUCGACUUUACAGGAUCCAAGAUGGAAUGAUGUGAAUGUAGUAUCAAGUUUAUUAAAAUCAUUUUUCCGACGUCUUCCUGAUUCAUUAUUUACAACAUCAUUAUAUCCAAAAUUUAUUGAAGCUGAUAAAAUUGAUAACAAUAAUCGUAGAUUACUUAUGAUUAGGAAAUUAUUAAAUGAUUUACCUGAUCAUCAUUACGAAACAUUAAAAUAUUUAAUGUUACAUUUAAAACGAAUUGUUGAACACUCCGAAGUUAAUAAAAUGGAAGCCAGAAAUUUAGCAAUUGUAUUUGGCCCAACUUUAGUACGUGCUGGUGAUGAUAAUAUGGUAACAAUGGUUACUGAUAUGCAACAUCAGUGUCGAAUUAUUGAAUCUUUACUAUGCCAUGUUGAUUGGUUCUUCUGUGAAGAUGAUGCAGAUAAUUUUAGUCUUCCGCCAUUAAACGAUAAAAGUUCUUUGGAUACCGAAAGUACUACAUCUGUAGCAAACCAUAAUUUGUUAUUAAAUAAUAUUGAUAAAAUAGAAGGUAUGAAAUCCUCCUCAACGGGAAAAGAAGUGGCAAAAGUAAUAAAGUCAACGAUAAUAUCAGCUGCUCAUCGUAAAAUUCAAAGAGGAAAUAAAUUACCAUCUCAAUCUAGAAAUCACUCGAAAAUAAAUUAUCUGGAAGAUGCGAAGAAUGAAAAUGAUCAUGAUUCUACAAAUGGCGAAAUUGUCGAUAAUGAAUCAAUACAACAGAAUGAGAUAGAACAUCACGAUGCAAUCCCAACAACAGUUAUUGAUUUCGAAAGAAAAUCACCAAACAAUUCAACAUCGUCUAUAACAUCAUCAUCCUCAUCAUCAAAAUAUCGGCCAAUUGUAAACAUUACAAAUGGAACAAUUCGUAGUUAUGCCGGUCUGUCGGCAACUACACAAGAACGUAUCAGGAAAUUCGAACAAGAAACACGUGCAAUGUUAGCAAAACGACGUUUGGAAGAAGAUAAACGACGAAAUGAAAUGGAAUGGGCAAACGAUUCGAAAUUAAGUUUAUCGAACGAACAGUUACCAACCAGUAACAAAACGGAUACCUCGCCUUACACAAAAACUGAAAAUAUGGCAUCGAAUAAAUAUUUACCAAUCAGUAAGAAUGCUAGUACUUCAAAUGUUUUAAAUAAUACACAUUAUUUGAACAAGCAUGAUGAUAGCAACACGUAUAAAAUUUGUGCUGAUGGUAAUACAUAUUUACGAUAUGGUGCCAAUGAUAUAGAUCCCAGAUCUAGAUGUAGUUUGCCAAUUGGCCAAGGAAGUGCGGAACAAGUAUCAAAUCGCAGUGUAUUAAGACGUGGCAGUUCUGUAGAAAAUGUUAAUUUUAAUGAAUUAAUGCAAGAUCGAAAUGUAAAUUCAUCGAACAAUGGAACAUUAAAACGUCUUAAAACAGGAAGAGAAUCAUCGCAGGUAACGUCUAGUAUAAGCGGUGGUAGUUACAAUGUUCCAUUGCAACAACGAUGUGGUUCCUUGGAUUCAUUAGAUCGUAUGCACAAUGAUUUACGCCGUAGUACAGAUUUAUCAGAUGAUGGUUCUGAUCUUUUAACCAGUUUAACAACAACAUUUGAUAAAAAAUUACGCAGUUUAUUGAAUACUUCAUCAUCCCCGCUUGUGGUUGAUGAAAAUAUCCCAUAUUUUGAUGAAUCACCAGAUAAAUUAUAUCCAUCCGAUGAAAAUAUACCAAUGAAAACAUUUACCUUAGCCGAACCACCGUUUAAAUUAUUCCGAAACCCAAGUUUACAUAAAAAUGCUGUUGAAAAACUAGAAAAGCAAGAUUCGACACAAUCCAUAUCACCGAAAUUACAAAAAGAAGUAGUUGAAAAAGAAAAAGAUGAAGAUUCAAAAGAAGGAAUUAGCGCUGAUAAUGAGUCAAUGCCGGAUAAUGAUCGAUUUGUACAAAAUCAAAUUUUGGCAAAUAAAAUCGAAAAAGAAUUUGAACCAUCAAAAAUCAAAUUAAAACGAUCGGAAUCUUUAAAUAAAGCUGAUAUGAAAGUAAAAGUAUCAACUGCAAAUGGUAAAUUAAAACGUUCAGAAAGUUUAAAUCGAUCAUCUGAUAAAAACGAGAAAUUACAUCGAGUUGACAGCUUAACAAAAAAUGAAAAAACUGAAUGUAAUAUAAGUAAAAAACGUGAACUUGGUAGUUCGAAUCAUCGUAAAUCAUUUUCAACGAAAUUAAAACGUAAAAAUGGUAUGCCAGAACGAUCAAUAAAACGUAGACAUACUGUUGGUGGUACAAAAGAUUUUGAUAAAGUACAUUGGUUAGAUAAUCGACUUCAUAAUCAAACAAAUUGCGAUCAAUCAACACAUAAAGAUGAAUUCAAUAAUCAAUAUUGUUGUAAAGAAAAACCAUUACGAACAAGUUCACCGGAUUUAACAAGACGUGAUAGAUUUUUGUUAGAAGUGAAUUUAUUAGGACCAGAAGGUAUGAUUGUUGCAUUACGUAAACAUCUUGUUGGUCCUAGACCACAUAGUUUGCCUGAAACUAGAGUGUACAAAGUGCCUCUUGAAUCACAUGUAUAACGAAUAUAUAUUUAUUCAAAAGUGAGGAAUCUAAACCAAAGAUUAAUAAUUAUUACGAAUAGUAAUUUAAAAAAAUGACUAUAAUUAAUAUAU